AGCUAUUAGCAGCUUAUCUGUGGCUGCUGGUGAGUUUAUAUGAAGCUAGCUUUCACUUGACAACUACCUUAUUAGUUGAGUUAACGCUGACAGGAGCUAGCUAGGAAGCACUUGAUCAGCUACGACAUUAAAUAAUAUGGUUUUAGCCUGAAGUUUCGCUCCGUUUAAUGCAGCUCUCUGUAUCAUUGUGUGAUGUUCUCCUGGCUCACGGUUGCAGCGGGUCUGGCUGCAGUGCUCGGCUUGUUUUUCUGGUCCUGCAAGCAGCUAACGCUAGUAUUUGCAGCCUGUUCGUGUCGUCCAGCCAUGGCACAGCAGGACGGUGCUGCCAAGAAGAACCCAGCCAUCGCGGUGUUGAACUCUCACUUCAUCGUGGGAUCGGUGUCGGAGGAGAACUCGGAGGAUGAGAUCCCCGGGAAGCCUGACUUGCAGCUGGAGGAGAAGGAGACUCGCUCCUCGUCGCCGUCCUCUGAUAGCUCGAGCAGCACGUUUGAAAUGGGAUUCGACCACAUUGAUGGGCCCAUACAAAAUCUGAGGCCGAGCAUGUCAGGGCUGCACCUGGUGAAGCAGGGCAGAGACCGGCGGCGUAUUGAUCUCCAGAGGGACUUCACCGUGGCUUCUCCUGCUGAGUUCGUCACCCGCUUCGGCGGCAACAAGGUCAUCGAGAAGGUGCUCAUCGCCAACAAUGGCAUUGCAGCGGUCAAAUGCAUGCGCUCUAUCCGCCGCUGGGCCUACGAGAUGUUUCGCAAUGAAAGGGCAAUCCGCUUUGUUGUGAUGGUGACCCCGGAGGACCUGAAGGCCAACGCAGAGUACAUCAAAAUGGCAGAUCAUUACGUGCCGGUGCCAGGAGGAACUAAUAACAACAACUACGCCAAUGUCGAGCUCAUUCUGGACAUUGCUAAACGCAUACCUGUUCAGGCAGUGUGGGCUGGAUGGGGUCAUGCCUCCGAGAACCCCAAACUACCAGAGCUGCUUCACAAGAAUGGCAUUGCUUUCAUGGGUCCCCCAAGUCAAGCUAUGUGGGCUCUGGGAGACAAGAUCGCCUCGUCUAUCGUGGCUCAGACAGCUGGCAUUCCAACCCUUCCCUGGAGCGGCGAAGGCCUGACAGUAGAAUGGUCGGAAAACCACCAAAAGAAGAAAAUCGUCAAUGUUCCGACUGACGUGUACGAGCUUGGCUGCAUCCAGGAUGUGGAGGAUGGCAUGAAGGCUUCAGAGAAGGUCGGCUACCCCGUCAUGGUGAAGGCCUCGGAGGGAGGCGGAGGAAAAGGCAUCCGUAAAGUCAACUCUGCUGAUGAUUUCCCCAAUCUCUUCAGACAGGUCCAGGCAGAAGUUCCAGGAUCGCCUAUUUUCGUCAUGCAGCUCGCCAAGCACGCCCGCCACCUGGAGGUCCAGAUCUUGGCCGAUCAAUAUGGCAAUGCCAUAUCCCUGUUUGGUAGAGACUGUUCUGUGCAGCGACGGCACCAGAAAAUUAUAGAGGAGGCUCCCGCUACCAUCGCCACUUCUGAUGUGUUUGAGGAUAUGGAAAGGUGUGCGGUGAAGCUGGCUAAGAUGGUGGGCUACGUCAGUGCAGGUACAGUGGAGUACCUGUACAGCCAGGACGGCAGCUUCUACUUCCUGGAGCUCAACCCUCGUCUACAGGUGGAGCACCCCUGUACUGAGAUGGUGGCUGACGUCAACUUGCCUGCUGCCCAACUGCAGAUUGCUAUGGGUAUUCCUCUUCAAAGGAUCAAAGACAUCAGGAUGCUUUACGGGGUCCAGCCCUGGGGAGACUCUCCCAUUGACUUUGAGGGUCUGUCGACAGCCCCCUCCCCACGGGGUCACGUCAUUGCAGCACGUAUCACCAGUGAAAACCCCGAUGAGGGUUUCAAGCCGAGCUCGGGAACAGUGCAAGAGCUGAAUUUCCGCAGCAAUAAGAACGUGUGGGGCUACUUCAGCGUCGCAGCGGCUGGAGGGCUGCACGAGUUCGCCGACUCACAGUUUGGACACUGUUUCUCUUGGGGAGAGAAUCGGGAAGAAGCCAUCUCCAACAUGGUGGUGGCUCUGAAGGAGCUGUCUAUCAGAGGAGACUUCAGGACCACAGUGGAAUACCUCAUUAAGCUGCUGGAGACUGAAAGCUUUCAGCACAACACCAUCGACACAGGCUGGCUGGACAGGCUCAUCUCAGAGAAGAUGCAGGCGGAGCGUCCAGAUACCAUGCUGGGAAUUGUGAGUGGGGCUCUUCAUGUGGCAGAUGUCAAUCUAAGGAACAGUGUGUCCAACUUUCUGCAUUCUCUGGAAAGGGGCCAGGUGCUGCCAGCACACACACUACUCAACACUGUGGAUGUGGAACUGAUCUACGAAGGCACUAAGUACGUCCUGACAGUGACGCGCCAGUGUCCCAACUCCUACGUGGUCAUCAUGAACCACUCCUCCGCUGAAGUGGACGUCCAUCGGCUCAGCGAUGGAGGUCUUUUGAUGUCUUAUGAUGGAAGCAGCUACACUACGUACAUGAAAGAAGAGGUGGACAGGUAUCGCAUCACAAUUGGGAACAAGACCUGCGUUUUUGAAAGGGAGAACGACCCUUCGCUGCUGCGAUCUCCUUCAGCAGGAAAACUGAUCCAGUACACAGUCGAGGAUGGCGGACAUGUGUUUUCUGGCCAGUGCUACGCUGAAAUAGAGGUGAUGAAGAUGGUAAUGACAUUGACAGCUGCAGAGUCUGGUUGCAUUCACUAUGUGAAGAGGGCUGGAGCAGCACUGGAGCCUGGCUGUGUCAUAGCCAAGCUGCAACUGGACGACCCAAGCAGAGUGCAACAGGCAGAGCUGCACACCGGGCCCCUGCCUAUUAUCCAAGCAGUAGCUCUGAGAGGGGAGAAGCUACACAGAGUCUUCCACAACACACUGGAUCACCUUGUUCACAUAAUGAACGGCUACUGUCUUCCCGAGCCUUUCUUCAGCACUAAAUUGAAAGAGUGCGUGGAGAGGUUGAUGAAAACAAUGCGCGAUCCCUCUUUGCCGCUGCUGGAGCUUCAGGACAUCAUGACCAGCGUGUCGGGCCGCAUCCCCCCCGCUGUGGAGAAGUGCAUCAAGAAGGAGAUGGCUCAGUAUGCCAGCAACAUCACCUCCGUGCUCUGCCAGUUUCCCAGCCAGCAGAUUGCAAACAUCCUGGACAGUCAUGCUGCUACUCUUAACAAGAAAUCCGAGAGAGAGGUCUUCUUUAUGAACACACAAAGCAUCGUUCAGCUUGUGCAGAAGUAUCGCAGUGGCAUCAGAGGUCACAUGAAGGCGGUGGUGAUGGACUUGCUCAGACAGUACCUGAAAGUAGAGAUCCAGUUUCAGAAUGGACACUAUGACAAAUGUGUGUUCGCACUGCGUGAGGAAAACAAAGGCGACAUGGCCAACGUGCUCAACUACAUCUUCUCCCACGCUCAAGUCACCAAGAAGAACCUGCUGGUUACUAUGCUCAUUGAUCAGCUGUGUGGCCGUGAUCCCACGCUGACGGACGAACUGAUGGCUAUCUUGACUGAACUCACCCAGCUCAGCAAGACGACCAACGCCAAGGUGGCGCUGCGUGCCCGGCAGGUGUUGAUAGCCUCCCACCUCCCCUCUUACGAGCUCCGACACAACCAGGUGGAGUCCAUCUUCCUCUCUGCCAUUGAUAUGUACGGACACCAAUUCUGCAUCGAGAACCUGCAGAAACUGAUCCUGUCAGAAACGUCCAUCUUUGACGUUCUGCCCAACUUCUUCUACCACAGUAAUCAGGUAGUCAGGAUGGCUGCCCUUGAGGUGUAUGUCCGCAGAGCCUACAUCGCCUAUGAGCUCAACAGCGUUCAGCAUCGGCAGCUGAGGGACAACACGUGUAUAGUGGAGUUCCAGUUCAUGCUUCCCACCUCGCACCCCAACAGAGGGAACAUCCCCACUCUAAACAGGAGAAUGUCUGCUCCCAUCCUGGACUUUAUAAAAGCUGCCGACACUAGAUUACAGGAAAAGAAACCCCGGGACCUUAAAGCACAAGAUAGUAAAUCUAAGGAUGAUAACCCUGAAAAGAAAAAUGCCUCCGAUUCAGAGUCUGACGACAGGAUGUCAUUCUCAUCCAACCUAAACCACUACGGCAUGCUGCACAUGAACAGCGUCAACGACGUUCUGCUCGACACGUCCUUUACGCCGCCUUGUCAGCGCAUGGGAGCCAUGGUCGCUUUCCGCUCCUUCCAGGAGUUCACCAGGAACAUAAACGACGUGUUGAGCUGCUUCUCUGACUCUCCUCCGUCAAGUCCGACCUUCCCGGAGGGAGGUAAUCCCGUCCUGUACGGCGAAGAGGACAACAAGAUCAUCCUCGACGAGCCUAUCCAUAUCCUGAAUGUGGCCAUUAAGACAGACAGCGACAUUGAUGACGACGGCCUGGCAGCCGUGUUCCGAGAGUUUACUCAGUCGAAGAAAUCUCUGCUGUUUGAACAUGGCAUCCGUAGGCUGACUUUCCUUGUGGCCCAGAAGGAUUUCAGGAAGCAAGUCAACUGUGAGGUGGACCAAAGGUUUCAUAGGGAAUUCCCCAAAUUUUUCACAUUCCGUGCGAGAGACAAGUUUGAGGAGGACAGGAUCUACCGUCAUUUGGAGCCGGCACUAGCUUUCCAGUUGGAGCUCAACCGCAUGCGCAAUUUUGCCCUCUCCGCCAUCCCAUGUGCCAACCACAAGAUGCACUUGUACCUGGGUGCGGCCCGUGUGGAGGUGGGCAUAGAGGUGACGGACUACCGCUUCUUUGUGCGAGCCAUUAUCCGCCACUCCGAUCUGGUCACAAAGGAGGCCUCUUUUGAAUACCUUCACAAUGAGGCAGAGCGUCUACUGCUGGAAGCCAUGGAUGAGCUGGAGGUGGCUUUCAACAACACGACCGUACGAACCGACUGCAACCACAUCUUCCUCAAUUUUGUCCCCACAGUCAUCAUGGACCCAUCAAAGAUCGAGGAGUCCGUGCGCUCCAUGGUGAUGCGCUACGGCAGCCGUCUGUGGAAGCUGCGCGUCCUUCAGGCCGAGCUGAAAAUCAACAUCCGCCUCACCCCGACGGGAAAGCAAAUCCCCAUCCGCCUCUUCCUCACCAAUGAAUCGGGCUACUACCUGGACAUCAGCCUGUACAAGGAGGUCACUGACUCCCGAACGGGACAGGUGGGGCCCAAAGACCGACAGGCUCAGAUCAUGUUCCAAGCUUACGGAGACAAGCAGGGUCCGCUGCACGGCAUGCUCAUCAACACCCCCUACGUGACCAAGGACCUGCUGCAGUCAAAGCGCUUCCAGGCGCAGUCUCUGGGCACCACCUAUGUCUAUGACUUUCCAGAGAUGUUCAGACAGGCUCUGAAAAAGCUGUGGCACUCUUACCAGACCUUCGCCCACUUACCCAAGUGCCCUCUUCCUAAUGAGCUGCUCACCUUCACAGAGCUGGUUCUUGACGCCCAAGGUCAGCUGGUGCAGAUGAACAGGCUGCCAGGGGGCAACGAGAUUGGCAUGGUGGCAUGGCGGAUGACUCUGCGCACGCCAGAAUACCCAGCGGGACGCGAGAUCAUCGUCAUAAGCAACGACAUCACGCACAAGAUCGGCUCGUUUGGGCCGCAGGAGGACGUCUUGUUCCUGCGGGCCUCCGAGAUGGCCCGAGAGAGCCGCAUCCCCCGGAUCUACAUUGCAGCAAACAGCGGCGCCCGCAUCGGGCUGGCGGAGGAAAUCAGGCACAUGUUCCACGUGGCCUGGCAAGAUCCAGCUGAUCCGUAUAAGGGUUUCAAGUAUCUCUACCUCACACCUCAGGAUUACAAGAAAGUUUCAGCCCUGAACUCUGUGCAUUGCGAACACGUGGAGGAUGAGGGAGAAUCCAGGUACAAGAUCACUGACAUCAUUGGAAAAGAUGAAGGGCUGGGCGUGGAGAACCUGAAAGGGUCUGGGAUGAUUGCUGGAGAAUCCUCUCUGGCUUACGAUGAGAUCAUCACCAUGAACCUGGUCACAUGCAGAGCCAUAGGGAUCGGGGCCUAUCUGGUGAGGCUCGGACAGAGAACCAUUCAAGUGGACAACUCUCACAUUAUCCUCACUGGAGCUGGAGCACUCAACAAGGUGCUGGGCAGAGAAGUGUACACGUCCAACAACCAACUCGGCGGCAUUCAAAUCAUGCACAACAAUGGCGUGACCCAUACUACUGUUUGCGAUGACUUUGAGGGAGUCUUCGCGCUCCUGCAGUGGCUGUCCUACAUGCCCAUGUGUAAAUCCAGUCCAGUGCCCAUCCUCAAUGCCAAGGAUCCCAUAGAUCGGCUAGUGGAUUUUAUACCUACAAAGACUCCCUAUGACCCUCGCUGGAUGCUAGCAGGACGUCCCAGCCAGACUCCAAAGGGUUCCUGGCAGAGUGGCUUUUUUGACCAGGGCUCCUUCAUGGAGAUCAUGCAGCCGUGGGCUCAGAGCGUGGUGGUAGGCAGAGCCAGACUGGGCGGGAUACCUACCGGGGUGGUCGCCGUGGAAACCAGGUCAGUGGAGCUGUCGAUCCCAGCCGAUCCAGCCAAUCUGGACUCAGAGGCGAAGAUCAUCCAGCAGGCAGGGCAGGUGUGGUUCCCAGACUCUGCUUUCAAAACAGCCCAGGCCAUCAAGGACCUGAACAGAGAGGGCCUACCUCUUAUGGUGUUUUCCAACUGGAGGGGCUUUUCUGGAGGAAUGAAAGACAUGUACGACCAGGUGCUGAAGUUCGGGGCCUACAUCGUGGACGGGCUGAGGGAGUACAAGCAGCCGGUGCUGGUUUAUAUCCCCCCCCAGGCCGAGCUGAGGGGAGGAUCCUGGGUGGUCAUAGAUCCCACCAUCAACCCACGUCACAUGGAGAUGUACGCCGACAAGGACAGCCGAGGUGGAGUUUUGGAGCCCGAAGGAACGGUGGAGAUCAAAUUCAGGAGGAAGGAUUUGGUGAAGACCAUGAGAAGAGUGGAUCCGAUCUACACGGGCUUGUCUGAAAGACUGGGAACGCCAGAGCUGAGCCCCCCUGAUCGUAAAGAGUUGGAGACCAAGCUGAAGGAGCGCGAGGAGUUCCUCCUGCCCAUCUACCACCAGGUGGCUGUGCAGUUUGCGGACCUCCACGACACCCCAGGUCGCAUGCAAGAGAAAGGCGUAAUAACGGAUAUCCUCGAAUGGCCCACGUCCCGUCAGUUCUUUUACUGGCGCCUGCGGCGUCUGCUGCUGGAGGACACGGUGAAGAGGAAGAUCCAAGAGGCCAACAGCGAGCUGACAGACGGCCAGAUCCAGGCCAUGCUGCGCCGCUGGUUUGUGGAGGCCGAGGGGGCCGUCAAGGCCUAUCUGUGGGAUAAUAAUGAGGAGGUGGUGGCAUGGCUGGAGAGGCAACUAGCUGAAGAAGAGGGCGCGAGGUCCGUCGUCGACGAGAACAUCAAGUACAUCCGCCGAGAUCACAUCCUCAAGCAGAUACGCAGCCUCGUUCAAGCCAACCCAGAGGUCGCCAUGGAUUCCAUCGUGCACAUGACCCAGCACAUAUCGCCCACGCAGAGAGCCGAGGUGGUCCGCAUCCUGUCCACAAUGGAGACGUCGGCCUCCACCUAGCCCCCUCCCCUCCCCCCCUGCCUGGCUGACGCUCAGCUCAGGCCCCGCAAACGAGCGCCAAAAGGAGCCCCGGCUCAGCCAGACCUCCUCUCGGCUGAGACCUGGGCUGGAAACCGAGAGGCUGGAGGAGCCAACGUGAUGGGCCUCGGCAGCUGCCGAGGUUACUGAUGAAUCGUUGGCUAUGAUUCUCAACUAAGCAGGAGUUUCAGAUUGACUGACAUCAAUUAUGACAUUUUGUAAAUUGUCUUGCGUGUUGUGUUUAAGAUAAAUCUGUUGUUUUGUAUUCAAGUGCAAUUGAAAAAACUGACUAAAGAAAUAUCUAAUAUGUAAUUGGAGUUUACACAGUCGGCCCAAGCUGAUGUUGAUGAUUCCAUGAUAAUCAAACACAACAACAAUACAUUUAGAAAAAAUGUUGUCAUAUUAAAACGCACCGUGGUUUGUGACAUAUGCUUGUUAAAGAUACGCAAGUGUUUUGAUGACCAACUUGACAAUGACAACACAUUGCUGGGGGCAUUAGCGUGAAAAAAGGGGGUUUUACACUCCUAAGUAGGGAGCACUUAGUUACUGAAUAAAGACAGAGGGGGAACACUACAACAGAUCUGGACAGGAGAGCCCAGCAGGGAGCGGGGACGGGGUCCCUUUUAGACCCCGACUGUUUCACAGUUACCCUGCAGCGAGCGACGGGCAGCUCGCCUCGCAACAAAAACCACAGCUGUCCCUUCUGUUCUCGCUCGCACAGUACAACACAUGCUGCUUUAAGAUGCACUUUACUGCUUACUGUUCCCUCACAUCGCACCCAGAGUCAAACCUGCAGUUUAAAGUGGUGCAUUAAACACAUACACGCACAAAAGUGGUACAAACAGUAAGAAAUACAGAGGUGAUAAUAGUUUAAAUGAGCAGAGUGGAUAAUAGCGUGCUUGUUUUCGAAAAAUAGUCUGUUCUCUCUUGGGUUUUUUUUUUUUUUUUUUUGACAACUAGUUUUCUCCUAAAACCAAUUAUUACAAUUUUUUGAGUUUUUUUUUUUGUUUGUUUUUUAACUAAAAAAAUAUUUUUGAAUUUGCUCUAACCAGAUGUAUAAAUCAUUAAAUGUCUGUGAAAGAACAAAGACUAAUGUGCACUGUUACAUGUCAAAUAGGGUGUCUAAUUUUCACUGUAAUCCACACUCAACUGUUCUAUUUAAAGUUAAUCUCAAGUUUUUUCAUAACUUUGUACCUCAUGUGUGUGUAAUGUUACUUAUUUUUUAAUAUUAAUUUUUUGUGAAAAACGUGUUUGAAUCGCAUAUUGCUCCUCUACUUGAGUUUGGUACCAAUAGACAGGCGAAUUGUGUGAGAAUAGAGUGCAUAAUAGUCGGGGAAAACGGCACCAUAAUGUUGAACUCAGUCCUAAUAGAUCAUCGUGUCAUAAUGCUCUGCAGAAAAAUGCAACGUCAGCAAUGUGAAACGGCAUCGUGGUCAGUGCUGCUGUGCCUUUUUAAUGUGACUGUAUUGACCUGUAGUCCAGUUGCUUUAUAAGUAACUGGUUGUUUCCUAUACAAGGAUGGAGAAGAAUUUAAUGUGUCUGCAAAUUUAAUAAAGCUUACCCAACUUA